UUCUCCAUUGUAAAUGUAGUUGUAUGUAUGUAAGGCUGCCUCUUCUCUGUGCUGGACAACUUGACUAAAUUUACAUAGUUUGUUUGUUGCUUUUUUUCUUUCUUUUCUUUCUCUCCCCAAAACGUUGUAAAAUAUUACGAAUAUUGUUUAUCAGUUUUCUGUCGGAGUGCGGCGACGUCCGGCAGUUGGAAACCAACGUCAGUUAGGUUAGCUAGCUGAGUCAUCAAGGAGUCAGAGUGGCGUCAAAGUAAGUUAAAGACUCAAAAGUAAGAGUAAAGGAUGUCAUCCUGGUCCUCAACUGGUAAAGCCAUCUAUCUGUCACCCUCACAUGGGGUGAUUUUGAGCCAAGGUGGAUGUUUGACACAUAAUCGGGAGCAGACGUUGGGAAAUGAGCUUGGCCUGAUGGAGAUGUCAGAGUUUGAAUACACACACCUUCAGCACCUUUUCCAGGCACAGGUAGAGGCACAUGCUGCGCCUUCAGAAGGGCCAGAUCCCACCUCUCCCCCUGCCACAGUGAUGGGUAAAGAUGCCACUGAAUCCACAGUGAUGUCUCCCUUCACAACCAUCACUCAAGCUAUUGAUCUAUCAACGUCAACUGAAGAGCACUGUCUAGUUUUGCCAGCAGAGAAGACACCAGCUUCUUAUGGAGAGGUCCCAGGUUUUGUGCUGGCGAGAGUCAGAGAUGAAGGCAGUCUGACUGAACUGCACACCAAAAGCAGCACAUCUUCGCAAAAUCGAUCCAGAUCAGCUGCUAGAGUUUGCUUGGAGAAAAGGUUUAACACAGUGUCUGCUGAAAGCCCAAGACAGCAAGAUAUCCAGUCUGCAGCUCUGAGCAAGUUUUUGACAACCCUUCAGCAGUCUGCAGAGGCUCAAGAGGCAGCCAUGUAUCCUCAAAUGCAAAAGUGGAUGAAAAGUGACAGAGCAAAUCCUUCUGAAGUUUCCAGUCCAUUCGUGGGAGGUGUUUUUAACCCAGUCACCAACAUGUGUGAACAAGUGAUUGGCCAUAUUCCUCACAUGGUUGAGCCUAAGCAUCAGUGUUUAAUCCUCCCCAAGAAUUUUCCAUUUAACUUCCACCCUGAAAAGGUUGUUACAGCUCACUAUUCAAGUGGCAGCAACUCAACACAGGAGCAGCAACUGGUGAACAUAGAAAAUGCAGCGGCAACGCCACAUGGUAACACCAAAAGCUCGCGACGCAAAAAGUCUGCUAAGGCUUCCCCAGACUCGGCUGGAGAACCAGGGAGCAGCACAAAGAAAAGAGCCCGAACUAGUAUGUCGCUCAGCCAGCGUAGAGAGAAACACAAUCGUAAGGAGAGGGAACGCAGGAAGAGGAUUCGUUUGUGCUGUGAUGAGCUGAACAUGCUGGUGCCGUUCUGUGACUCAGAUUCAGACAAAGUCACCACUCUGCAGUGGACCACUGCCUUCUUCAGAUACAUCAACAACACAUAUGGAGACACCUUCAAAGAGGAGUUCAAGAAGGCAUUCACUGAUGAGAAAGGAUUGAUUCUUAAACCCUGUCCUUCAUCACACCAGGACCUAAUCCCCCAGGCGAUGGACAAGACACUGGACAUCCCUCUUAUGGUAGAGCAAUAACCCUCUCACUGUUUUAUCUGAUAAAUCAGCCAGAUGUUUGAGUACAUUUGAAGUCCUGGAGUCGGGUUAUGAAUGUGUUGUAACAAAUGAAACAACCAAAAGCAUUACGGCUCGACAUCCGACUGCGUUACAGUGAUUUGAUAAACUAGAACGUUUCCAGUCUGAAAGCAUAUGAUACAUAAACAUAUUUGAUUUCAUUAUCUGUCAUACACAGGCAGCCCUGUGUUUCUCUACAAAAACAAACAUCUGAAAGUGAUCUUAUGAGCUGUGUUUCACCUCUCAGGCUGUCAUACGUUAAACGGUUUUAAUUAUAUGUGUAGCUUUUAUGUCCUUUGUUCAAAUUUUGUUUGCUUGUUAUUAAAAUUGUUUACUUAUUGUUACACUUUGUAAGUAUAUUGUUCAGUCUCCUUGUGAAUUAAUGUGGUUACUUGACUUUCAUAGUGUUAAGUAUAUUACUUCGAAGUACAGACUGUUCAUUUGAUAUGUAGAGAAGAGUAAAGUUUUACUGAAAAGUGG